AUGAAGCUAUCGUGUUCGAGCUCAAGUGUGAUCGAGAGAGCCCGAGUUGUGAAAGAUGCCAGAACUCUGGAGAACGGUGUAUUUAUCCCGAAAAGAAAGAAAUCUACAAGAACAUUGCGAAAGGCCCAGCUCCACAGAUUUGGCCGUCGCCUUGAGUUCCUGGAAGAACGGAUGGCGAGUCAUUUGAAACCUAUCGAUGCCUCAGGUGCCCCGGAUUUCAAGAAUGUCACCCCAGCACAGAGCGAGGGUACAUCGGGUGAGACCGAGCGACCGACGAAGGCAUGGUUAUACAGUAUGGUGAGCGGGGCGAGGAACAGCGUUGAGAACGAAAAUCAAAAAGGCCAAUUGAGCCUGGGUUUAUCAAAUUCUCGUACCCAAGAGACGAUCAGCAAUGCCAUGAAAUGCCUGGAUACAACUUUGGACCAACUUGCUGUUUCAAAUCCUAUCCCAGAAAAACAUCUUGUUCAUGAUAAAAUGAGCCCUAGUGACGCUACGCACUACAUAGAAGUUUUCUUGCGGAUCCUCUCCAGUUUGACUCACGUUAUGCCAUUCCAGACCAUGAUAGAUGCAGAGCUUUUGAGAGCAUUGCCUUAUAUAAUCGACUCAUCUCACGCACAAGUCAACCCGGCUUUGAGGAUGAUCUACUACAACGCGAUUUAUCGCGGUCAGACAUGUGGCAGUACAGAUGAAUACAAGAGAGCGGCAGGUACCUAUAUUAAAUGUCUGCAGUCAGUCCCUUCGUGGCUGAGCUCGGCUCAGGGGUCUCAGAUGGACCUUAUGGCUGCUUCCCUAACAUCUUGGACUGCGAUUGACAAUUUCGACUACCAUCUCGCCUGGAAAUUCCAUUCCGAGGCAUGUCGCUUCAGUGAUAUUUUAGGUAUCCAAGACGUUGAAACUUCGAACUCGGAUUUGGCUGAAGAUGAUCCGGAGAAAAAUGACAAACGCCGACUGCAUUGGCACUUGGUAAUGACGGACUGCUUGUAUAGGCUUUGGUACGAUAAACCUUCCGCCCUCAAGUCUCCGAUCUCACGAGUAAAGCUUCCUGUCGAGAUAUCGCCACGCACGAAACAACCGGAAUUCACAGGCUGUGUGCUAUUUAUAGUCUGGGCGCGGAUGUUAUUUCUUCUAGAGCAGUUCUUCGAGCUUUCUGCCUCCACAGAACAUGACCCGGGGAUUUCUUUCCAAGAGGAGGUGAACAGCUAUUGCAAUCAGCUGGAAGACCUUCUCAUUGACUGGGACCUACUAUCUAUCGCGAGAUCUCCUCGGCUGAAUGACUUAAAAUCCUGGUUAUUUGUUGACACCAUAGUCGCCUUUUACAGUUGUAUAAUUUACAUACGACGCAAAACAUCUGCCAGAGACGAAAACAUUCACCCACAAGCCGUGCGGGCGGCCCGAAAUAUUCUUGCCAUCACAAUUGAAUGGUCGGAGCAAAGUGAUUCUAGAUGGCUCGGAGGCUUACAUAUGCAGCUAGCCACUUUUUAUCCCUUCUGCGCUUUCUUCGCCCUCUAUCAUCAUAUUCUCUCUUCAAGGGAUUCCGGCGAGUACGAAGAAGAUCUUCAGACUUUAGAUAGAGUUGUUCAUCAUAUGACAAAGGUGGUUUCGAUACGAUCGGACUUUGUGCCUCUCGCAGAAGCCUUGAGUGCACUGAAUGAUGUAUCCCGUGCUGCCCGCUCGAUUCCUAAUCCUGUUCAUAGACAGAGUGGGCUACCGCCAGACACGACCCCCGAGAGAUCUACUUAUUCGGGGUUUCCUGAUGUGUACGGGAGACCAGCAAAUGGUGAUAACCAGCAAUAUCAGACCCGUGAAUGGAAUCAACAGCCAGGGAAAUUUCCAAACACAUCGGCAGGUCCAUUAUUAACCAACUCACUCUACGACAUUUGUUCGGCACUGCCAUCAACAUCAGACGAUGAAUCAAUUCGCAACCUCGGUCCGCCUUUUCAAAUUGAGAACCCCUUUUCGAUCAGCUUGGCCCCUCUGCAAGGGGCCGACCCGGACUUGAGUGCGCCUGAAUCUUCAACCAAGAUCGCACAUCCCCUGGAAUAUGUUCAUGCUAUGGAGAGUAGCCUUCUCUGGCGAAACUGGCACGAACACUGGUGGAACUCAAGUGACAAGAAUAGCGACUAG